UCACUCGGACUUUACGAGGCCCAGCACUUCCAGCCACCUGACUGGACGUACUGUCAGUCAUAACCACAGACGGAUAUUUAAGAGCAGCUUCUUUGCCACAGACCUACUGUACCUCGACUACAUCAAGGCCGCUGUAGUUCAAACCUCACCACACUCAUCAGCAGAAGAGCAGUCAGGAUGAGGCUGCUGUUGGUCGCUGCUGCUGUUCUGGCUGUGGCCAGCUGUGCCAGCAUCUCCCUGGAAGACCUGGAGUUCCAUGCCUGGAAGCUCAAGUUUGGAAGGUCCUACGCCUCUCCUGUGGAGGAGGCUCAGCGCAAGCUAAUAUGGCUCAACAACCGCAAACUGGUGCUAGUACACAAUAUGAUGGCUGACCAGGGCAUUAAAACAUAUCGACUUGGCAUGACCUACUUUGCUGAUUGGGAGAAUGAGGAGUAUAAACACCUGAUCUCUAGGGGCUGCCUGGGCAUCUUCAACUCCUCCAUAACUCACAGAGGUUCUUCCUUCCUCCGCCUUGCUGAACCCAUUGAUUUGCCUGUGUCCGUUGACUGGAGGGACAAGGGAUACGUCACUGAUGUCAAAGACCAGAAACAGUGUGGCUCCUGCUGGGCUUUCAGCACAACUGGCUCACUGGAGGGCCAGAACUUCAGGAAGACUGGGAAGCUGGUGUCCCUGAGUGAGCAGCAGCUGGUUGACUGCUCUGGAGAUUAUGGUAAUUAUGGCUGCGGUGGUGGCCUGAUGGACAAUGCCUUCAAGUACAUUAAAGAAAAUGGAGGCAUUGACACAGAGGAGUCCUAUCCGUAUGAGGGCGAGGAUGGAGAUUGUCGAUACAACCCUGCCAACAUUGGUGCCACAUGCACAGGCUACGUCGACGUCAAAGAAGGCGACGAGGACGCCCUGCAGGAGGCCGUGGCCACAAUCGGACCCGUGUCUGUGGCCAUCGAUGCUUCUCACGUGUCAUUCCAGCUGUACGAGUCAGGAAUCUACAAUGAACCUGAAUGCAGCAGCUCAGAGCUGGACCAUGGCGUCCUGGCUGUGGGUUACGACAGUGAAGGCGGACACGACUUCUGGCUGGUCAAGAACAGCUGGGGUCUAGAAUGGGGAGAUAAGGGCUACAUCAAGAUGACCAGGAACAGAAACAACCAGUGUGGUAUUGCCACGGCUGCCAGCUACCCUCUGGUCUGAGAAGGACUGGAGUGAAGAAAAGUGAAUUAUAAUUGUACUGUAUUUUUUUGCUUCUUUUUUUCCCCUAGAAACAUCUGUAUUAUCAAGCAGAAAGUGCUGUUGUUCUCCUGUGAACAUUAGCAGUGACGGACAUGAAUGUAUCUUUGCCUGCUGCACUUUCAAUAAAAAACCCCCAAAACUCUUUACCUGCAAAAUAUAUUAACAUAUAUUAAAACAUAUUAAAACAUAAAAACAA